CGAACUUUUCGAUUGGCAAAUGACUCAGAAUUCGGCAAGAUGGAGCCUUUCGCUUGGUUUUUACGAAGCCUAUUCAGCACGUGUGUAAAAAGUGCCAAACUAAUUUCAGAAAAUGGAUGAUCGAAGUGAUAUAGCUCAUGAAGGUCCCAGUGGUAUGGAUCCGGAAGGUGUCAUUGAGUCAACUUGGCAUGAAGUUUACGACAACUUCGAUGACAUGAAUUUACGCGAAGAGCUUUUAAGGGGGAUUUAUGGCUACGGUUUUGAGAAACCUUCAGCUAUUCAGCAACGCGCCAUUAUUCCUUGUGUUAAAGGUCGCGACGUGAUUGCUCAAGCCCAAUCUGGAACGGGAAAAACUGCAACGUUUUCAAUUGCUAUCUUGCAACAAAUCGAUAUGUCCAUCCGUGACUGUCAGGCUUUGAUUUUGGCCCCAACUAGAGAGUUGGCAACUCAAAUUCAACGUGUUGUUAUGGCACUUGGUGAAUACAUGAAAGUUCAUUCGCAUGCUUGCAUCGGUGGAACUAAUGUGCGUGAGGAUGCCAGAAACCUGGAAUCUGGAUGUCAUGUUGUUGUUGGUACGCCUGGUCGUGUGCAUGAUAUGAUUAACCGAAAAGUGCUUCGGACACACAAUAUUAAAUUGUUCGUAUUGGAUGAAGCUGAUGAGAUGUUAUCACGUGGUUUUAAAGAUCAAAUACAAGAUGUUUUUAAAAUGCUUCCUCCAGACGUUCAAGUUAUUUUAUUAUCUGCCACUAUGCCGCCUGAUGUUCUUGAAGUUAGCCGCUGUUUUAUGCGAGAUCCAGUAAGCAUUUUAGUGAAGAAAGAGGAGCUUACAUUAGAAGGUAUCAAACAAUUUUACGUUAAUGUUAAGCAAGAAAACUGGAAGCUUGGUACUCUGUGUGAUUUGUAUGAUACGCUAUCCAUUACUCAAUCUGUAAUUUUCUGUAAUACAAGGCGCAAGGUGGAUCAGUUGACCCAAGAAAUGACAAAUCAUAACUUCACUGUAUCUGCCAUGCAUGGUGAUAUGGAGCAACGUGAUCGUGAAGUGAUUAUGAAGCAAUUCCGUUCAGGUUCUUCACGUGUUCUUAUUACAACUGAUUUGCUCGCUCGUGGUAUUGAUGUACAACAAGUUUCGCUAGUCAUCAACUAUGACUUGCCAUCCAAUAGAGAAAAUUACAUUCAUAGAAUUGGUCGUGGUGGGCGUUUUGGUCGCAAAGGAGUGGCAAUUAAUUUUAUUACGGACGAGGAUAGAAGAAUUCUUAAAGACAUAGAACAGUUCUACCACACCACUAUUGAGGAAAUGCCUGCCAAUAUUGCUGAUCUAAUUUAAAUCUCUUAAAGUCGGAAGCUUCAAUUAAAGCAGUGUAUGAAAACACCAACAAUAAUAUGUGUAAAUCAGAUUAUAUAACAUCUUACAAGUGGGUGCAGAUGCAUCUUAUUCUCCAAAAUAAAAAGUAUAUAUAUUAUACAAUGAACAACUGCAAAAACUACAACUUCAAAAGAAAGAUUAAGUUGUUUCAGCUCUUUUCUAGAAUAUUGAUAUACAUUUAUUAAAUAACAAAAAGCAAGAACUAUAAGAAUUAUACUACAAUAAUAAACUAACUGGGCCACAGCUGUAGUAAAGACAGGGCAGAAAGUAA